CCAGCCUCCAUCUACUGCGUCUUCUUUCUUUCUUGUAUUGCAAAAUGUUUGCGGCGGUGGCGCUUCCUUCUUCUGGAACCCCUGUUUCAAAGCUCUCUGAUACUGCCUCUCGCAUUCACAGUGCUGUUCACACCUAUCGAUGCACCCAUCUGUCUUCAACUUCAUUUUCUCGACCCUCACCGGGCUUGCUGUUCUAUUCUAGUUGUCAAACCCUCAAAGCUGUGAUGAAUGCUCAAACCUUCACAAAUCCUGAGGCUGAUUCUCAGACCUCCGAUUCUAAAGGAACCAAACAAGUAUUAAUAUCUCUAUCUGACAAGAAAAAUUUGUCAUUUCUUGGAAGCUCGCUUCAGGAACUUGGGUACUCAAUUGUUUCAACUGGCGGAACUGCAUCUGCUUUGGAAGGUGCUGGUAUAACAGUCACCAAGGUUGAGCAGCUUACUUGUUUCCCUGAGAUGCUUGAUGGUCGUGUAAAGACUUUGCAUCCUCAUAUACAUGGGGGUAUUCUCGCUAGGAGGGAUCAAAAGCAUCACAUGGAAGCCUUAAACAAGCAUGGAAUUGGAACAUUUGACAUAGUGGUGGUGAACCUGUAUCCUUUUUACGAGAAAGUUUCUUCUUCUGGAGGAGUAACAUUUGACGAUGGAAUUGAAAAUAUUGACAUUGGUGGCCCAGCCAUGAUCAGAGCUGCAGCAAAGAAUCACAAGGAUGUCUUGGUCGUUGUUGAUUCACAAGACUAUACUGCUCUAAUAGAAUAUCUGCGAGGAAAGCAGGAUGACCAGCAGUUCAGAAGGAAGCUUGCUUGGAAGGCUUUUCAACAUGUUGCCUCUUAUGAUAGUGCUGUUUCGGAGUGGCUGUGGAAGCAAACUGAAGAAGGAGACAAAUUCCCCUUGAGUUUGACAGUGCCGUUAUCACUUAAAAGUCCACUUCGUUAUGGUGAAAAUCCUCAUCAGAAAGCUGCUUUUUAUGGGGAUAAAAGUCUCUCUGAAGUCAAUGGUGGUGGCAUUGCAACUGCUGUACAGCACCAUGGAAAGGAAAUGUCCUAUAACAAUUAUUUAGAUGCCGAUGCUGCUUGGAACUGUGUGUGUGAGUUUAGCAAGCCUACUUGUGUAGUUGUGAAGCAUACUAACCCAUGUGGUGUAGCAUCGCGUGAUGAUGUAAAAGAAGCAUAUAGAUUAGCUGUGGAAGCUGAUCCAGUGAGCGCUUUUGGUGGUAUCGUUGCCUUCAACACAGUAGUUGACGAGGAACUUGCAAAGGAAAUAAGAGAAUUCAGGAGCCCCACCGAUGGUGAAACACGGAUGUUUUAUGAGAUUGUGGUGGCACCCAGUUAUUCGGAGAAAGGCCUGGAGGUUCUUCGGGGCAAAUCUAAGACACUGAGAAUCCUAGAGGCAAAGAAAAAUGAGAAAGGGAAGCUUUCUCUCAGACAAGUGGGUGGGGGCUGGUUAGCACAGGAUUCAGAUGAUUUGACACCUGAUAGUAUCCAAUUUACUCCAGUGUCCAAGAAAUCUCCCAAUGAAAGUGAGCUUUCUGAUGCAAAGUUUGCAUGGUUGUGUGCCAAGCAUGUAAAGAGCAAUGCCAUUGUGAUUGCAAAGGACAACCGGAUGUUGGGUAUGGGCAGUGGGCAGCCAAACCGUGUGGAAAGUCUGAGGAUAGCGUUUCGAAAAGCAGGAGAAGAAGCUAAAGGGGCGGCUCUGGCUAGUGAUGCCUUCUUUCCAUUUGCAUGGAAUGAUGCAGUGGAGGAAGCAUGCCAAAAUGGGAUUUCUGUAAUUGCAGAGCCUGGAGGAAGCAUUAGAGAUGAUGACGCAAUUGAAUGUUGCAACAAGUAUGGAGUUUCACUUCUUUUCACCAACCAUAGGCAUUUUAGGCAUUGAAAGAUGUGAUGUCGCCUGCCUUACCUUAGGGACGCCAUAGGAAGGCAUCCAUCCAUUUUUAGUGCAAUAACUCCUCUUCAAAUCAUGAGUGCUUUAUCUUUUUUCUCUUUUGAGCGUCCUCUGCUUAAAAGAAAAUUUUGGUCCGAGUUCUAUACAUGAUCAAUGAUAUGUACUAGGAUCUUAGAAUUUUGUUGUAACUGAUGUUUCUUGUUCCUUAACCACUGCUGAUUUGUGUGGUGGUGUUGAUUUUAUUUAUAAUAAUUGCAUCUUCAAGCC